UGGGCGUCCCUCCCUCUGGGCGUCCCUCCCUCUGGGCGUACCUCUGGGCGUCCCUCCCUCUGGGCGUUCCUCUGGGCGUCCCUUCCUCUGGGCGUCCCUUCCUCUGGGCGUCCCUCCCUCUGGGCGUUCCUCUGGGCGUCCCUUCCUCUGGGCGUCCCUUCCUCUGGGCGUCCCUCCCUCUGGGUGUCCCUCCCUCUGGGCGUUCCUCUGGGCGUCCCUCCCUCUGGGCGUACCUCCCUUUGGGCGUACGAGUACCUCCCUCUGGGCGUUCCUCUGGGCGUCCCUCCCUCUGGGCGUACCUCCCUUUGGGCGUACCUCCCUUUGGGCGUACCUCCCUCUGGGCGUUCCUCUGGGCGUCCCUCCCUCUGGGCGUCCCUCCCUCUGGGCGUACCUCCCUUUGGGCGUCCCUCCCUCUGGGUGUUCCUCCCUCUGGGCGUUCCUGUGGGCGUUCCUCUGGGCGUCCCUUCCUCUGGUCGUCCCUCCCUCUGGGCAUCCCUCCCUCUGGGCGUACCUCUGGGCGUCCCUCCCUCUGGGCAUCCCUCCCUCUGGGCGUACCUCUGGGCAUCCCUCCCUCUGGGCGUCCCUCCCUCUGGGCGUCCCUCCCUCUGGGCAUCCCUCCCUCUGGGCGUUCCUCUGGGCGUCCCUUCCUCUGGGCGUCCCUCCCUCUGGGCGUCCCUCCCUCUGGGCAUUCCUCUGGGUGUCCCUCCCUCUGGGCGUUCCUCUGGGUGUCCCUUCCUCUGGGCGUCCCUCCCUCUGGGCGUACCUCCCUCUGGGCGUACCUCUGGGCGUACCUCCCUCUGGGCGUACCUCUGGGCGUCCCUCCCUCUGGGCGUUCCUCUAGAUUGUUUUUACUUUGUCUGUCUUCUGGUUUUUGCCUUGAGACAUUUUACCUGUCUGGUUCUGUUCCUGUGUUUGCAUCAGUUUCACCUUUUUUUUCUCCCCUUUCUUCUUGUUUGGCAUUACAUAUCAUUUAAAAGUUAGCAGCUUAAAAUGCACUAACCAGACUACCGUUUGAAGUCAGAAGUCACAAACAAACAUAAACGUACCCAUUCCAGCUCUCUAAAGUACCACCAGGUGGGGUACAAGUCUCCAAAACACCUUCAGA